AUGGAAGUUCCGCUCUUCAUUUACAUGUUAACUAGUUUUUUGAAAACUCCAAUAUUUCAAAAUUUAAUUUAUGAAAAAUCAUGUUUUGAACGAUACGAUCAAAAUGUUACAUUCUGUACAAACGCUUCUGCAUAUUAUGAGGACAAGAAAAUACAAACAGAUGCUAAUCAUUUCUAUUCAAUAUCCUCUUACACCUUAAUGUUUCCUUCUCUCAUUUCCACGCUUUUUCUAGGAGUAGUGUCUGAUUAUUGGAGUAUCAAAAUCCCACUCAUUAUACCCUUUGUUGGAUUGAUACUGGGCACAGUCAAUUACAUAUUCCAAACAAUAUAUAUUCAUUCCAACAUUCAUUGGCUUCUCAUCAGCGAUGCUAUUUUUGGGAUUUGUGGCGGAUACAUUUCCAUUAUAUCUACGACUAUGAGUUACGGAGUUAAAACGACUGGAAAAAAUGCUCGCAGUUAUCGUAUUGCUGGGAUGGAGGGUGCAAUCGGACUUGGUGGUACCAUAGGUUAUGCACUCUCUGGAACGAUUAGACAGGCUUUUGGCUACGACUACACAUUUCUUGUGAUCUUAAUUCUGCAACUUAUCGGUUUGAUUUACAUCAUAGUUCUAGCUCGCGACCACAUAGAUUCGUCAGAGCAUCGACGCCUCACAAGCAGCUCAACCGCAACCAAUCCAUCCAGGUGUUCGCUUUUCUUCUCGCAAGUAUAUACUGUUAUUCAAUCGUUUUACGAAGUUUUAGCAGUUCCACGCGAAACUCGAAAGUUCAUUUGGCUUAACUUGUUGGCUCUAGGACUUGAGCUUCUCAUAUUUUCCGGACUUAGUGACAUUCAAUUCUCGUAUUUCCGGUUCAAAUUGGCAUGGACUGAUAAGGAGUAUGGAUGGUUUAGUGGACUUUCAUUUGGACUGACCACGUUCACAGUGCUCACUAUUUAUCCAUUGUGCCGUUCACGUGGAGUAUCUGAUGGGCAAUUGGGCGUCUUCGGAAUUUUCUUCAAAAUUUUGUCACUCAUUGUGCUUGCAUUUUUACAAAAUGCAUUCAUGGCUUAUUCAGUAUCCGCAAUAACCAUGUUCAACAGGUUCGUUUCAUCGAGCUUAAGGUCUUUCCUGUCGUCACUGAUUAUGAAUAAUGAACAAGGGAAAAUGUUCUCAUUGAUAGCAUUGCUUGAAGGGAUCACUAGUCUAGCAGCUACUUCUAUUUAUAACAACGUCUAUCCUCUGACAUUAAGCUUUUUCCCUGGCUUAUGCUAUCUAGCAAGUGCAGUUCUUCUCUUGCCAUCCCUGACCAUUCUAGGAUACUCUGAUCACAAAAUAAGGAAAAUGCAGGAAAUGGAAAACUUCGAGACUUAA